AUGUCUGCAAUGGAUUUAGAUAACGACGUGUCAACGGUCUUGGCUGUGUUGAGACUGGAAAGUGAAGCCCCAGAAUUGAUCAAUAUUCUUUAUCAAUUGGAAGAUUUUUAUGAACGUAAAUUAUGGCAUCAAUUAACUCAAGUAUUAGAUGAAUUUUAUUAUUCAUUAGAUAAAUCAAUCGUAUCGCCUACAUUGAAAUUCAAGAUAUAUUCAUUAUUCAUUACUCAAUUCCAAUCCAAAUUGAAUCCAAUUAAAGUUGUUGACUUUUUAUUGGAAAGUUUUGUAAAAUCUGAAGAAACAUUGGAAAAACUUGUUGGUUUAAAACAAGACUUUUUAACUCAAAUCAAGAAGGAACAUAAUUUCAAAGAUGAAGAUGACCCAGAAUAUAAACAGAUGAUAGAUGAGGAUGAAGCUAUUAUUUAUAUUGAUUUGCAAAUUGCUCGUUAUAAUUUGAUUUUAAAUAAAUUAAAUGAAUCUGAAGAAAUCUUAUCUAGAUUAGCACCGAAAUUUGAAUCAUCAAAUAUCAACUUGAAUAAAAAGAUUAAUGCAGCAUACUACUUAACAAAAUGUGAAUAUUGUAAGAUAAUUGAAAACUAUAAUGAUUAUUAUACAAAUGGAUUAUUAUACCUUUCUUCUGUUCCUACUUUGAAUGAAGAAGAAAAGGUCAAAGUAUGCUAUGAAUUAUGUGUUGCUGCCUUGUUAGGUGAUAAGAUUUAUAACUUUGGUGAAUUAAUUUUACAUGAUAUUUUACAAGUUAUUUCCCAAGAAUCUUCACAAUACAAUUGGUUAUAUAACUUGAUCCAAAAUUUGAAUUCAGGGGAUUUACAUGAAUUCAACAAGUGGCUAGAUGUAGCAUUUAAGAGAUCACCAAUGUUGACCAAGUAUGAAUUAUUUUUAAAACAAAAGAUUAUCAUUAUGGCCUUGUUGGAAUUAAUUUCAAAGAAACCUACUACCAAUAAACAGUUAUCUUUCAAAGAAAUUUCCGAAUUUACUGGUACUCCAGUAAAUGACGUAGAGCAUUUGAUUAUUAAGUGUUUUUCAUUAAAGUUAAUCCAAGGAUACAUUAAUCAAAUUGAUGAACUCUUGAUUAUUACUUGGAUUCAACCAAGAAUCUUAAACUUGAAUCAAGUGAAGACUUUAUACAAUCACCUUGUUGAUUGGGAUAGUCAAGUAGAUAAGUUGGCUAAAACUGUUUAUGCUAGUGGAGGUACUGUCUGGGCAGGUAUAUAA